AGUGGGCGCGGGCGGCCGCCGGGAGGAGGAGGAGGGGGCGGAGGAAGAGGAGGAGGAAGGCGUUGGGAGGAGGAGCCGCGGGGAGGAGGGCCGCGGGGCAGUCGCGCCGGCGCUGGGCGAGGAAGCGGAGCGGCCGCCUCCGGGAAGUCCUGUGUGGGAAAGGGUGAGGGUCCAAAGGGACAAGAAAAAUGUCAAUAAGAGAAGAGAGAGUGGAGUCCACAUAAGUACUAAUGGUGCCAGCUACUAGAAGAGUGAGGGUGGCAGAUGCUUACAGUGUCAGCCACCAUUGGGUUCCUUGGCCCUGGGUCAUGGCCGUCAGUGGUGGAGGAUCGAGAACAAAAAAGGGCAUCCACUUGGAGACUAUGUUUGGGGAGCAGUGGCUAUCCCCUUGUCCCUGGGAGCAGACCAUUGAAUAAAGAAAGAAAGAGGAGAAGAAAGACGACAAGAUCCAGUCUCUGAAGCCCUAGAUGACAAGCAGUUAUCUGAACAUCACUGAACCCUGAAGGUGUCACCGUGCCAUCCUGAAAUUUGCCAGCAGAAAAUGGCUCCAAAGGGUAAAUGAAGCUGGAAAAAUAUGCAGAUGCAGCGUUGCAUAUGGCUUGUCCUGGUGCUCAAGGACAGUACUCCAGAGAGAAAUUGAUUCCCUUGGAUUCGGUCAUCAGUCAUAAUGAAGAAAAUCAGUCUUAAAACCUUCCGGAAAUCUUUCAACUUGACUAAAAGUAAAGAAGAAGCGGAUUUCAUGGUAGUGCAACAGCCCUCACUAGCCAGUGAUUUUGGAAAAGAAGAUUCCUUGUUCGGUAGCUGUUAUGGGAAGGACAUGGCCAGCUGCGACAUCAACGGUGAAGAUGACAAAGGGGCCAAAAACAGAUCCAAAAGUGAGAGCCUCAUGGGUACGUUAAAAAGACGGCUUUCUGCCAAGCAGAAGCAGAAGGGCAAGGGCAGCGGCCCCUCCGGGAGCUCUGCUGACGAGGACACCUUCUCCUCCUCCUCAGCACCCCUAGUCUUUAAAGAUGUGAGAGCUCAAAGGCCCAUCCGGUCCACGUCCCUCCGCAACCAUCACUACAGCCCUACACCAUGGCCUCUGCGACCCACAAACUCCGAGGAGACAUGUAUCAAGAUGGAGAUGAGAGUCAAGGCCUUGGUCCACUCUUCCAGUCCGAGCCCAGCCCUGAACGGGGUUCGCAAGGACUUUCAUGACCUUCAGUCGGACUCGGUGUGCCAGGAACAGAACAGUUCCCUGAAGAGCUCAGAGUCUCAGAACGGAGACCUGCACCUUCACCUUGAUGAGCAUGUGCCUGUCGUUAUCGGACUUAUGCCUCAGGACUACAUUCAGUAUACUGUGCCUUUAGAGGAGGGGAUGUACCCUCUGGAAGGACCCCGCAGCUAUUGUCUGGAUGGGUCUUCUCCCAUGGAAGUCUCUGCGGUCCCUCCCCCCGGGGGAGGGAGCUCCUUCCCCGAAGAUGAGAAUCAGGUCGACCAGGAGCUUGUGGUGGCCCCAGAGAUCUUUGUGGAUCAGUCGGUGAACGGCCUGUUGAUCGGCACCACGGGGGUCAUGCUGCAGAGCCCCAGAGCAAGUCACGACGAUGCCCCUCCACUCUCACCGUUGCUACCUCCAAUGCAGACGAAUCCGAUCCAAAGGAACUUCAGCGGGAUCACCGGCGCAGACGCCCACGUGGCGGAGAGUAUGCGCUGUCAUUUGAACUUCGAUCCUAACUCUGCCCCUGGGGUUGCCAGAGUUUAUGACUCAGUGCAGAGUAGUGGGCCCAUGGUUGUGACAAGCCUUACGGAGGAGCUGAAAAAACUUGCAAAACAAGGAUGGUACUGGGGACCGAUCACACGCUGGGAGGCAGAAGGGAAGCUAGCCAAUGUGCCCGAUGGCUCUUUCCUUGUUCGGGAUAGUUCUGAUGACCGUUACCUUUUAAGCUUGAGCUUCCGCUCCCAUGGCAAAACACUUCACACUAGAAUCGAACACUCAAAUGGUAGGUUUAGUUUUUAUGAGCAGCCAGAUGUGGAAGGACAUACGUCUAUAGUUGAUCUAAUCGAGCAUUCAAUCAGGGACUCUGAAAAUGGAGCUUUCUGCUAUUCCAGGUCUCGGUUACCUGGGUCUGCAACUUACCCCGUCAGACUGACCAAUCCAGUGUCCCGGUUCAUGCAGGUUCGCUCUUUGCAAUACCUGUGUCGCUUUGUCAUACGUCAGUAUACCAGGAUAGACCUAAUUCAGAAACUGCCUUUGCCUAACAAAAUGAAGGACUAUUUACAGGAGAAGCACUACUGAAAUUAGGGGAGCCCCGCGUCCUGCACUUUGGGAGGAAGGAUAAGAGAUUGAAAUACAGUUUACAGAUGUUCAUUGCUAUCAGAAUCUUUGCUGCCAUACUAUUUCAGUUUUAUAUGUAAAAGAGUAAUCAAUUUGUUUUCAGGUGGGAAGUGUGGGCAAGGUGUCUUGGUUUUAUUUUGGUUCUUUAAAAAGGGAAUCUUGAGGCUUAACAAGUGUGAGUUCUCUUUCAUCAAUGUGCAGAAUAAUCACAAUGUGAAUUAUCAAAUUCUCCUUUCCCCCACCCCCCGUCCUUUGCUGCUAGCCACUGUGAUUUUUAUGCAUUAAAAGCACAUUUCAUGUGUAUUCAACCCUAAGUAAAGUUGAAUGAAACUUACAGAAUGAAAAUUGUCAUGUCUCUUUAAAUGACCCAUUUUCAAAGAUAGUGUUGAGUAAUCAUACCCUUGUCAUAGAACACAGAAUUUACACGUACACUGAAGAUGAUUUUUUAAUCUCAUACUUGAGAAAGAUUAAUUUAGAAUUAUGAAUUGAUGUAAUCUUGGGUACUGGAAUGUGGACCUGCAACUUAUCUUUUAUAACACUCAUUUCUAAAUUAUUUUAAAGGCUGUGCUGUUUUUUUGUUUUGUAUUGUGAAAGUUUGAAUUUUUCUGUUGCCUUCAUUUUCAUCUUGUGAUUUGUCUAUUUUAAUAAAUGGCCUUACAUUAAAAAAUCAUAAAGAAAUGCAUAUCACCAGUUUAGAAAUUGUUGCCUUUUCUGUCCUUAAGCUCUGGUACAAAUUGGCAUAACAAAGCUCUAUGGAACUAGAGAUAUUAAAGAAGUACUAGAUGGUCAUAGUUUUCUGUGAUAGCAGUUUUUUGUGUUAUCUUUAUUUUCCUUUGCUAAAAUGUUUUUUGUGAUUUCUUUUGCUUAGUCAACAUUUUCUUGGGUGAACUUGAUAUAUAGAAUUGAUUUUUAUAAAUGGACUAGAUUCUGUUGGAACAUUCAAGUUUCUAUAAAAUUUAAACUGAUUUGAAUAGAAAGAAAACAUUCUUUUAAAGUUGGAUUUAUGUUUUCUUAUGUGUAGUCACUAUUACGAUGUGCUAGAUUUGACCCUUCAUUCAUCCCACCAAGAAAACAAACAACAAACCCAGUGACUUUAGUUGAGAAGUUGUAGAAAUUGCGAACACCAUGUAAGAAAAACUGUAUCAGAUAUAUGGUAGUCUUGUUGCCUUCCAUAUAUACUGCCACUUAAAAACAGGUUUUUAUUGUUUUUUGGUGUUUUUUUUUAAGUCUUAGGUAAAUUGGCAUUGUUAGUUAUUUUAACUUUUAGAUUCAGGUUUUUUUUGUUUGUUUUUUUGUUUUGUUUUUUUGGAGGGGGGUGAUAUCCCCAGUACUUUAUAGUUAUUUUGAAAUGUAGGGUUUACUCACUUCAUGAUUCUUUAGUGUAGUAUUUUGGGAUUGCCUCAUCCAGAAAAUGUUUUCAUUUCAGAUGCAACAUGUAAUUUAAGACUGUUCUACCUUUGUCACUCAGUUUUCCUAGCUCGCCCCCCCCACCCCCCCGGUUUAAGAACAAGCGUAAAGGUCUUAGGUCAAGCUUAAUGGCUUUGUCAUUCAGACAUAGUAGUAUCCCUUUUUUUCUCUAUUUGUUUUUUAGGGUCACAACUGAGAAUUAAGAAGAAAAGGCACAAUGCCAUAACAUCGUGUGUUAUGGUAUUUUAACUUAAAGGGGGAAAGGUACUUAAUUUUGGUGGAAUGUUGAUCGUACCUUGUUACAAAGCCUCAUUUUCUGAUGUUUUCACCUAAGAAGAUGGGAGUGUUGAGUAUACUGUAAUAAUAUAAUUUAAGUGUUCGCUAUAAGCUAUUUGGAUUAAGAACUAUUACAGAGUUGUAAACUUAUCAAAUUAAUGCAAGACAUUUAAACUAUUUUUUUGCAAAACUAUUUAUUUUUAAACAAUCUAAAGUCUAUCUAGGGUGAGUUAAAAGUCCCUGUGCAUCUAUAUUAGAUGGCAGGUAUUGUCACAGAGUCACUGUGUAUUAAUAAUAGAUGUUGAGAUGGCUUCUCCAUGUUUCUAGAAGCUUUUACAUGUAUGUACCCUUUGUGAGAUCACGGUGCACAGAGGUCUUUGGACUGCCCAGAACCCCAUCUCAGCAUGCGGGCGUAGCCUGUUCCUUACAUUUUCCUCAUGGGAAUGUGUUUAAGAUCUAGCCAUUUAGUUUCAAGUUAAGAUUACUCUGAUUUUCAUCUGAAUGUUUUUAAAAUUGUAUUUUGUGUUUUUAUGGAGGGCAAGUGUUGAUACUCUUCUAAUUUAGAAAGUCAGUUCUUACGUGCUUUUGUAUAUUCGUAUAUCAAAUUCUUUAAAAUGCCCUAUUCUAAUUGAAUUUGAAAUUCCUAGGGUCUGGUACUGUGUUGAUAAAAAUAAAAGUAUUUGCCAAGAAAUUAUUUACACACAAAGAGAGAAGUAUUGCAGUAUUUUCUGCUUUUGCCUAGAGAGAACCAUUUGGAGUAGGCAAUGCAAUAUAAUAGGAAAGAUUGGCUUUAUAGGAUCCUAAAACAGUCUGGUUAAAAAUGGGAAGGGGAAAAGAGAUAAAUGUUCAUCCUGUAGUUUGGUCUAGCUACAAUUUGGAUAAAUUUCUGGAUUAUAUUGAAUGAUGGCUUAGAUGACAUGGACACAAGCAGGAGUGAUUUUUAAAUGUGAUUCUAAAAGUCUGAACUCAAGGCAUGAAAGAAAACAAAGCUGUAUCCUUUUGCCAUGAUAAAAUGAAUCCGCUGUUUUUAUCAAAUAUUUCAUCAAAAACCAUGAUGGAGGCCAGAGCUAUUUCCAGGCUUACUAGGACACUAUUACGCAUUUUUAUAAAAAGAAAGCAUAGAGAGUACUUGAAAAAUAUCUCACUCUUUCUCUUCUAAAGAAAACCAUUAUCUUUCUACUUGGUGCAAUAACCUGAAGAUUUCAAAGUCAAAAGUAUCAUAUCACAGGAAAUGAUCACAGAACUAAAAAUAGUUUUUAAGGAAGUCAGCUGCACAGGGCAAACUUCUUGCUAUGAAGAAAAUCGUGUGCCAAAGGCUAACUCAUUGGCACACAGGAAAUACAAUCAAGUAUACAUUUUCAUUUCUGAGCCAGUAUUAUUGAAACAGGACAAAAGUUACUAACAUCUUAAAUAGAGAUUAUAUGCCAUGUCUCUGCUUGUGCUGAAGUCUAAGUAUCUUUCUUAACAGUGCUUUCAGAAACGCCAGUCUUAAUCAUUGUACAUUUCACAUUGUAUACGAGAGAUUUGCUUUAUGAGUGAUUCCGAUAACAUAUUUUCAAAUCUUAGUGGGUUUUCAUCAAAUAUGCAGUCUGAUUUUGAAAUUGAAAUCUCUACCAGCAUUAGACAGUUUUGUUGAAAACUAAUAAGGAACAAUUGCCAGUUCCGUAAAUAACUUAAAAAUUCUAAAGUAUGAGUAUGCUAGUAAUCACAAAUUUGGUUUCUUCAAAUACUUUUUUAAUCCUGCAAAGAUGGUUUUUUAUAAACAUCCUUUGUAUUAAUUAGUCACAACAUGGCAGAUGCAUAGCUGCUGUUUCUGAAAAGUGAUCCAAACAGUCCAUCCAGAGGUGAUGAGAAAUUCUUACAGAAUUUUGUAAUAGGUAUACACGUUGGGUUAAAGGAAUUUUGUAGUCGUUGGAGUGCCAUGGAAUUAAUCCUUGCAAUCCAGAUUGCUGUAGUUUACACUUUUCUGUAUGUUUCCAAUCAGGUGUGUAUCAUUUGUACGAGAACACCACACAAUGAAUUAUCCAAAGUCCAUUGAUUUUAAUACGUGUUUUGGUUUGUACACGAAUUAUAGUAAUUUCUUGCACAUUUUUGGAAAUUAAUUGUAUAAGAAUUUAUGUAUCUGCUUCUAGAUACAGUAUGUAAAUAAAAAUUUCGUUCCCAAGAUCUGCCUUGUAGUGUAUUUAAUAACCAGGUGCAGAUUUUAAUUCAUGGAGGGUUAAGUAGAUAAUUUUUAGAUGUCCCAUAAAUGGGGCUGAGACUGGAGGGUAGGGACCAGCAAAUUUUAGUAAAAAGGGGAAAGUGAAAUAGUGUCAUUCAAGGGAACAUCAAAUUAGGAGUCAGCCAAUGUUGCUAAUGUCUUUAAGCCUUCGACAAAGGCUGGAGAGAAUAGGCAGAACAUUUAAACAAAGAAUCAUUAAAAUUAACAAGAAAAUUGGAUUGUGACAUUUAAAAAAGUAUGUCUCUUAUUACUUAAUAGUAUUUCAUGGAACUAGAACCAGGUUAUCCAAGUACAUUGUAUAGAAGUUAGAUAUUCACAGACAAGAAUGAUUUCUCAUAUCACUUAAUUUAAUGACAUGCUUUUAAAGUUCUUAAACUCCAUAUUGGAUUAAAGGUUCACUUUAAAAUUUCUUCUAUUUUUAAUAAGUACUUUUAAAAUCCUAGUUAAUUCAAAGAUAAAUUGUAAAAUAACCUUGUUUGGAAAUAUCACAGAUUUUGACUUCCUUAGAAUCCAAAUAACAUGGCAUUCUGAUGCUCAGAGCUGGUCUCGGGCAACAGCACUGACUUUAAUUUUAAGGUCGUAUUAAUCUGCUGGUGGUGGUGCUGAAAUACAAAAUGAUGGGAAGAGAAUGGGCUGGCCUCAAGUGUAAGAGGCUAGACUUUACAAACUUACACCAUGCCAGGAAAACAGUUUUAUUCUCAUCUGCCCCUUCUUGAAGUCCUUCAACAGAUAGAGCAAUUGGGAGUGACUGGGUGCUUGUGCUUUCAAAAAGCUCAGCCCGGAGAAGCGCAAGUGCGCGCACACACACACACACAUGUGUUCAUGCUCUCCACAAAGAUAAAAGACCCUUUGCCACAGUAAAUGACUUGUUGAGAAUCUGGAGUCAACCUCUGGACUUCAUACUUUUUCAUCAUGCUGACCAUAGCCAAUUUCUUUUAUUCCCUGCCACCCCACCUUUAACUUACCUCACAGGUUUUACUUACCCUUUCACUAGGCUUUUAACUUUCUGAACCAAAAUAUUUUAACUUUUAUUUCACUUGAAUUUAGUCCUUACUGUCUGCUAUUUUAACCUCCAGUCUAGGUUUUUAUAAAUAUGUUUUUUAAAUAUUUAGCUUUAUUUAAAUUUUAUUAUUAAAAAUUAUUUGAUUCUUUCAAUUUUUUCAUAUCCCAAUUUCCAGUUGUAAGGGUUUCCUGACCUGAAACUUUUUCAAAAAUUUGACUCUUGUGUUCCUACUUUGUACAUGACUUGUCUUGCUAAUGAAUGGGUGUUUCUGGCCAGCAGCUUUGUUCCCUCUAUUCUCCCCCAACACCUCCUCGAAGGCGUCCCGGCCCUGUGGAGUAGUAGGGUUGGUUAGGCAGACUCCUGAAGUUAUUGUUGCUUAAGCUGCGUUUUCCCUACUUAAUACCAGGCCACCUCACCAGCUCUUCUGGAAGAAUGGGGUCCCCCCCAGAACAGGCUCCCUCAGAUGGUAAAAGCGGAGGCGAGGCUUGCCAGCCUGUGGGUUAUUUGAUAGGGGUCGUGAACAGCACAAGUUGCCUUGCCUAGAGGUCAUUUGGGACCAGCAAAUCCUGUCCUUGGUAACUGGCUUGCAAAUUAGGGUAAAUCUUAAAUUGAAAAGGAAACUCUUUGAUGGUGUGACCUGGAUUUCUCCACACCAGGAGAGUUCUAGGAAGCACAGGUCUCUAUACAAGGCUGUUUCUGACCUCUAACUUGGCUUUGUGAACCUAAUAGACAUGAGGAUUUGGUUACACUAGCCUAGGUCACAUGUGAAUUUAUACAGCGUUCUUUAAAUGUAUGGCAUUUCAUCCUGGAAUCCCAGUAAGAACAGCCCCUGUGUUCCUCGUGUAAAUAAUGUGUUCUCUAGCCCCUCCCCUGCAACAGUAUCUCCAGCCCUCUCCAUGGCGAACUGGCGUGCUGAGGCUCCUGCUCACCUGACGCCUUUGCCACAGCCCUUCUCUCCUCACUGCAGUCCUUGGCAACCUGGCUUUCUUGUGGCUGGCAGGUGGUGAGCAGCAUUUGGCCCAGAGAUUUAUCAGCCUGAUAGUGGCCAUGGGAUGUGACAGUUGCCUAGAAAACCAGUAGAUUAUGUAUCUGUACACACAGGAGAAUCCAUUGCUCCACAACAAAUAGGCUCUCCUGGGAUCUAGUUAUUGGAAUCAACAGCUCAAACUAGACAGCUGGAUUUUAUACCCAAAGUCUCUUGCCUGUUUGUAUAGCCUUAGACUCCUCUCUCCCUGGGACCCACACUUUCUUUCCUUCUCCCCCCCCUUUUAUUUUGCCACACUUUCUUUAGAUGUUGUAUACUUAAGUUCAUAUAGUGCCCAGUAAAGAAGAUAUGCUCACAGAACCCUUAGAAGAUAUCUCUCAAUGUCAAAUCUGAAUGACUGUGUUCCUAUUACAAAUUCACCAUUAACUGUAUGGUAUGGUCCAGUGUUAAUGAAUUCGUUCAUCAUUUCAUUCACUCAGAAAGGAAGUAUUGAGCUCCUAGGAUGCCCAGGACUGUGAAAGUAAUUUCAGUGACAUGAGUAGCAAGGAAGGACAGGGUUCAGCAAGACCUGAUCUUGAGGGGAGGGGUGGUGAGUAGGGAAUAGAAUGUAGUUCAUUCCAUCUUCAAAGGGGGAAUGCUUUUGGUUCCCCAAACCAUUAAAAUAUGAUGGCUUGGUGGGUGGGACUCAGGGACUCCAGCCAGGAUUUCCUUGCUGUUCCCACCCUCUCUUUUCACCUAAAGUCUCUGGACGUCACCUUUAUUCUCUAGCUUUCCCAUGUGGUGGUCUCUACAUGCGUAGGUGAGGGAUCUAGCGACUGGCAGCCCUGUGGUCACAUUGUUAGAGUUUUGUAAUCAGCAAGGAAAGGGAGUUUCUUUUCUCUAAGGUUCUAGCUAAGACUCCAAAUUGCUUCAACUGCAUCACAUGUUCAUUUUCUACCCCAAUCACUGUGGUGGCCAGAAUCAUGGACUUGUCAGAUGGGUGGAGCUGAGCCUUAGGGCUCCUGUGGUCAAGAAACAGGAGCCGGUUCCAACAAGACUUUCUCCCUCCUUACUCCCAGUGGGGAAGGUGGUAUCUGAAUGCUCCAUUCAAGGGGGAAGUGUUCAUACAUAAAGGAAAUGUGCUAAUGAAAGAAAAGAUUUGAAAUAUGUAUGAAAAUGUGGGCGCUUUCCCACGGAGAAUUUUGUAUUAAAUAUGAUCCAUUUAUAUGAAGCAUAUGUAAAUAUUGUGGUAGACCUUUCACAUUCUUCUGAGGUAAUUGACUAAGGUGACUUAUAUUUAGGUUAUGCCUAAAUACAGGGUGGGGCAAAAGUAGUUGUGUGUAUAUUUGGAUUUUUUUCAUAGAAUAGUGCAAUUAUCUGGCCAACUCAUCCCUAGCAGGUAAUAGAGUAUCUGGUGUGCAGAUGUGGGACAGUAAACCAAUAUUGACCAUUUCUUGGAAAAUCAUGUGAAAACAUUUGAAAUCUUUUAAGUGCCAUGUGAUUUUUUAAAGACCCUCAGCUUAUUGAUCCAUUAAUGGCUGAUAAAAUCAUUGAUUGAAAGGUUUCCUCUGUUUGCUCACUGCGAGAACCCACCUCUAGUCAGAAUUGUUAUGUUGUAGUUUUCUCCAACUACCAUUUAUUAACCUUGUAAAUCUGUUGAUUAUGUUGAUCGAUGCACAUCGAGUUUUGAUAGAGAUAAAAGGAAAUGUAAAAAUCACGUCAGAAUAAAGCCUCUCCCAAUUUUUUGGGACAAGGGAUUAUAUAAAGUGAGAAGAACAAGGAACACAAUAUUUGGAAUUCUUAAUUUUAGAAGAUUUUUAAGCAACAUUGGGGUGAAGAGCAGAGAGAGAGGAGGUUUAUCUGAAUUUGACUACUGGUUUGACUAUUUUAAUUUUAAUAAAUAUUGCUUGAACUAAAAUAUUUUUUAAAAUUCAAAAGUAUCAAUUAAGAAUCACUCUGAUUUAUAAUAAUAUUUCAAUAGCUAAUAAUUUUCAGAUAUAUGAAUUGCAGAAUAGAUACAACAUUCCCUUGGCAUAAAAUUUCCUCUAUCAUCUCCAUUUCCCAUUUUUGUUUUUUACCCUGAAAAAAAUUGUAGUGGUGUAAAGAUUGCGCUGUGCCCAGAACAUGUAUUUUAUUGAACAGGAUCAGAUACUGAAUGUAUGGAAAUAAAAGACUUUGUCUUACUGAA